AUGGAUGACCUCUACGAUGAAUUCGGCAACUUUAUUGGCGAGGAGGCCGACGCAUCAGAGGACGAGUCCCAGCAUGGCGUCGACGCGGGCAACUACGUCUACGACGACGAGUAUGCCGAGGAAGACCAAGCGGCAGCCGGCCAGGAGCUGAUGGAGGUAGAUGAUGGCCCAUCGAACGCCGUUGUACUCCACGAAGAUAAGCAAUACUACCCGACGGCAGCGCAGGUAUAUGGAGAAGGCGUUGAGACGCUCGUGCAAGAGGAGGAUGCGCAGCCCCUGAUCGAGCCGAUCAUUGCGCCCGUGGAGCAGAAGAAGUUCACCGUGGAGGAAGCCGACCUGCCGCCUGUGUUCUUCGACAGGAGCUUCAUGACAGACCUGAUGAACUUCCCCGAGCAGACGCGGAACGUGGCCCUCGCAGGGCACCUUCACCACGGCAAGACCGCGUUCAUGGACAUGCUAGUGCUCGAAACACACGACAUCAACGACCGGUUGGAGAAGCGCACGGGCAAGAACCGCGACGAGCAGAUGAGAUACACCGACGUGCAUAGCACUAAGGGCAAAUCACACCUCGUCAACGUCAUCGAUACCCCCGGUCAUGUCAACUUUGUGGACGAGGUUGCGGCAUCAUUACGACUGGUGGACGGUGUCUGUCUCGUGGUCGAUAUUGUGGAAGGAGUUCAGGUCAACACGGAGCAGAUAAUCAGGUAUGCAGUCCUGGAAGAUAUACCCUUGACGCUCAUCAUCAACAAGAUGGACCGGCUCAUCCUAGAGCUCAAAUUGCCGCCGAACGACGCAUACUUCAAGCUAAGGCAUGUUGUGGAGGAAGUCAACACCGUCAUAGAGAACACAAUACCCGGAAGGGGAGAAGAAAGGCGGCUAAGCCCUGAGAAGGGCAACGUCCUGUUCGCUUGUGCCGACAUGGGUUGGUGCUUCACCCUACAGUCGUUCUCGAAGAUGUAUUCGGACAGUUUUGGUGGUGUCAACACGGAGGAAUUUUCCCGGCGCCUGUGGGGUGACGUCUACUUCAACCCAAGGAAGCGGUCUUUCACCAGGAAAGCGGUUGAGGAGGGGGCAAAGAGGUCCUUCCUCACCUUCAUCCUGGAGCCGAUCUACAAGCUAUAUUCUCACACGAUCAGCAAGAACCCAGAGGAGCUGAAAGCUACUCUGAGCCCACUCGGUAUAGCGCUCAAGCCGUCACAGUACAAGACAGAUGCCAAAGUCCUCCUCAAACUGGUAUGCGAGCAGUUCUUUGGUCCAUCUACAGCGUUCGUCGACAUGAUCGUGCAGCACAUCCCCUCCCCGGCUGAGGCAGCUGAGAGGCAUCUCGAACGGUACUACACUGGCCCACUGGACACGAAGAUUGCGGAGUAUAUGAAAGUCUGUGACCAAAACGGCCCACUGGUUGUGUAUGUGACGAAGCUGUUCAACUCGUCCGAUGCCAAGAGCUUCUACUCGCUGGGACGUGUCAUGAGUGGCAUUGCUCGCCCAGGCGCGGAGGUUCGCGUUCUGGGAGAGGGUUAUUCGCUAGAUGACGAGGAAGAUAUGGCCAUGGCACGGAUUUCAGAUGUUUGGAUCGCAGAGACGAGAUACAACAUUCCUGUGGAUGGCGUACCAGCAGGCAACUGGGUACUCCUCGGUGGGGUUGACAACUCCAUUGUCAAAUCUGCCACCAUCGUCGACAAGCACUUCGAGGAUGACGAAGAUGCGUACAUCUUCAAACCCGUCACUCAUUUUACGGAGUCAGUUCUCAAGGUCGCAGUCGAGCCGAUAAAUCCUUCAGAGCUUCCUAAGAUGCUUGACGGCAUACGGAAAAUCAACAAGAGCUAUCCAUUGAUCAACACCAAAGUGGAGGAGUCUGGCGAGCAUAUCAUUCUGGGCACAGGCGAGCUCUACAUGGAUUGCGUGCUACACGACUUGCGGCGCUUGUACGCGGAUAUGGAGAUCAAGGUCUCUGAUCCUGUCACUCGAUUCUGCGAGACGGUCGUCGAACAAUCACGGACGAAAUGCUACGCCAUUACACCAAACAAGAAGAACAAGAUCACGAUGGUGGCUGAGCCGUUGGAGGACGGCAUCGCAAGGGACAUCGAGCUGGGUGCCGUAAGCAUCAAGGAGCCAAUCCGCAAAAUCGCCAAGUACUUCGAGGACAAGUACGAGUGGGACAGGUUGGCAGCCCGAAGCAUCUGGGCCUUUGGGCCAGACGAACUGGGGCCCAACAUCUUGCAAGAUGAUACUCUCCCUGGCGAGGUGGACAAGCGACUCCUGAACACGGUGAAAGAGCCAAUCCGCCAGGGGUUCAGCUGGGCCACUCGAGAAGGUCCGCUCUGUGAAGAACCCAUCCGCAACACAAAAUUCAAGAUUACAGACAUUUCACUGGCUGACGAGGCGAUCUUCCGGGGAGGGGGGCAGGUGAUCCCCACUUCCCGAAGAGCUUGCUACUCGUCGUUUCUCAUGGCGUCCCCCCGCCUGAUGGAGCCCAUGUACUCGGUGUCGAUGACAGGAAGCCAGGACGCGGUGUCGUCCCUGUACACGGUCCUGGCGAGGCGGCGGGGACACGUGCUCCAAGACGGGCCGAUCGUGGGCACCCCGUUGUAUCGUGUGAGCGGGCUGAUACCCGUGAUCGACUCGUUCGGCUUCGAGACCGAUCUGCGAAUCAACACCGAGGGCGCCAUGCUGUCUUUGGUAUUCGACAGAUGGAGCAUCGUGCCGGGCGACCCGCUCGACAGGGACAUUGUCAUCAGGCCCUUGCAGCCCGCCAGCGCGCAGGCGACGGCCCGCGAUUUCGUACUCAAGACGCGCAGGAGGAAGGGCCUUAGUGAGGACGUUUCCGUUGCCAAAUUCUUAGAGCCUGAGUUCUACCAAGAUCUGGUCGACGGCGGUACCUUGGGGGAUAUCUAA